AUGGCGAAGAAAGAAUUGGCUUUAUCUGAAUUCUCUCCGAAUGACCAUCAGACGCACCCUCUUGAGGACACUGCUGUCCCAAAUAAACAUGUGGGUGAAGGUGAUGAGAACAUGGAACGAGGUAACUGGUCCUCCAAGGCUGACUAUUUUCUCUCAGUCAUUGGCUGUGCUGUGGGUCUGAGCAAUGUCUGGAGAUUCCCUUACCUGGCUUACAAAAAUGGAGGAGGUGUGUUUCUAAUUCCCUACACAAUCAUGCUGGCUUUCAUUGCGAUGCCUAUGUUUUACUUGGAGAGUUCCUUUGGGCAGUUUGCCAGUCUUGGACCUGUUGCAGUGUGGAAAGCCGUGCCCAUGUUACAAGGUGUGGGGUUUACGAUGGUCCUAUUCAGUACAAUUAUAGACAUCACUUACAACUGCAUCAUCGGCUACAGUCUGUACUACCUGUUUGCUUCCUUCCAAUCUCCCCUGCCGUGGGCAGAUUGCUUCAGGUGGUGGGGAGCAGAUGAAACAUGCAGCAGGACUCCCAAAGAUCCACUCUGCAAUCUCACUCUGGAUGAUGGAUAUUUUGAAAUCAUUAAUACAACAUGGCUGCAGGCAAACAAUGAAACUUGUCCGAAUGGAUCAGAAAUCUUUAUUCCUCACCAGAGUCCAAGUGAGCAAUACUGGGAGAGAAUGGUUUUGCGCCGUUCUAGUUCAAUUGAAGAGACUGGGGAUGUAAUCUGGUAUUUAGCUCUCUGUCUGCUUCUGGCCUGGCUGAUCGUUGGAGCUGCCCUAUCAAAAGGAAUAAGAUCUUCAGGAAAGGUUGUUUAUUUCACUGCGACAUUCCCGUAUGUGGUUCUGACCAUACUCCUGAUUCGAGGGGUUACCCUGGAAGGAGCCUAUAAGGGGAUUGAAUUCUACGUUGGAAAGCAGUUAGAAUUCUCAAAGCUGGCUGACGCAGAGGUCUGGAAAGAUGCUGCAACACAAAUUUUCUAUUCUCUUGCAGUAGGUUGGGGCAGUUUAAUAACACUGUCAUCCUACAAUAAAUUCCACAACAACUGUUACACAGAUACCAUUGUCGUCUGUGUUGUUAAUUGCGCUACGAGUGUGUUUGCUGGAUUUGUCAUCUUUUCCAUCCUUGGACACAUGGCUCAUAGACAAGACAAACUUGUUUCAGAGGUUAUCCAGUCAGGUUUUGGUUUGGCUUUCAUUGCCUACCCAGAGGCUCUUGCACAGUUGCCAUGGGCACCUUUAUGGGCCGCGUUGUUUUUCUUCAUGCUGAUCACUCUGGGACUCAGCAGUCAGUUUGUAGCUGUAGAAGCCAUUAUAACCUCAUUGCUGGACCAGUUCCCUACAUUUCUGCGAUCAAAGCGCCUUUUUGUGACAGCUGGUGUAUGCUUGGCACUCUAUCUCCUCAGUGUCCCAUGUGUAACACAGGCUGGGAUCUACUGGAUCAAUUUAAUUGAUCAUUUCUGUGCUGGUUGGGGACUCCUUGCAACUGCUCUGGUGGAACUGACUACUUUAAGCUGGAUCUAUGGUUAG